GAAAAACUCCUGAAGUCCAGCUCCUGAAGAAGCAGCUCUCUCCUUCCGUUACUUCAACCUCUCACCAGUGGCCGUGCAGCUCAUGUAGGGAACAUGUAGAGAUGGAUUUGAUGAAGCUGUUUGCCACCGUCGUCUUCGUUUUGUUCCAGCCUGGAUCCGCUUCUAAAAUCGAUGGCCAAAUGAUCUGUCGGCGUGGGACAGAGCGGCCGUGCUACAAGGUGUCCAACAUCCAGGACAGCAGACGGAGGGUGACCUUCGAAGAUGCCAGACAGACCUGCAGGUCGGACGGGGGCGAGUUGCUCAGCAUUGAAACCGAGAGCGAGCAGCGACUGGUCGAGAGGUUCAUACAACAGAUGCAGGCCGGAGAUGGAGACUUCUGGAUCGUUCUCCGCCAAAGCCCCCAGCGCUACAGGGCAGGGGCCACCAUCCCAGGUUGCCCCUCACAGUACUAUUGGCUGGAUGGAAGCAAGGCCAAGUUCAGGAACUGGCACUGGGAUGAGCCGUCGUGUCGUGGUGAAAUGUGCGUGAUUCUGUACGAUCAGUCGCCUGCUCCGCCUGGCGGAGAUGGCCGUUUCCUGUUCCAGUGGAGUGACGUCAACUGCUACUCUAAGAACAGCGUUGUCUGCAAAUACCCAGAAGAAAAAGCACCAGUUUUUACUGAUGAACGGAACAUGACACAUGCAGUUCCAUCCCUGAGGCCCAAACUACUCUCAACUACUGAAAGUGACGACAAGACAAAAAUAGUUCUACCUGAGUCUUCAGUGUCUCUCUCAGACAACACCCUGUAUGCUUCCUACAUCCUUUAUGCAACUGUUCCUGCUGUCCUGCUGCUGCUGUCUGCGGCUGCUGGCUUCUUCUGUUACAGAAAGCAUGCGAAGAGGAGGAAGACAGAAACAGAGAGCUGCCCCAGUAGAUCACAACCAUGGAAGUCAACCACAGCUUCACUUUGUCCCAUUCAAGGACCUUACGCCUUCAGUGACAUCACCAAACUGCCUCACACCGCCCUCGACGCCAGCGCCACCGCAGACAUCUUGACAAAGUUAUCGUGCGGCCCCUCCCUGGACACCCAGUGUGACGACUAUGAGAACGUGUCCUGCACGUACAAGGCGAGCGGCUUUGUGACCAACGACAUCUACGAGACCUGCAAAGCUCAGAGUCGGCGCAGCCGCGGUCAGACUGGUUGGGUGGAAAACGAGAUCUACGGAUAAGGCUGUCGAUGCCUAUCUGCUCUCUCCCAAGUGUCUGUCAUACUUCACUGCAGCUACAGAAAGUGAUCCAGCCAGAGACAAGAACCCCAUGUUCUCCAUCCCUGUUUCCUUCUGUGCACCAUACUGGCUGCUUGUGUGGUGUAGGGUUACUAAACAGGUGGCUGUGUCAGCCUGGUUAUUUCAGGAUAGAUCUGUUUCCUGUGUGUAUCUGCAGCGCUGCCUCCUCUGCAUCCAGCAUUCAAGUCUCAUUACUCACUAUUGCUGGGUUUCCCAAAGUUUGGUCAACUGUGACUCUGCAGUAUAUUUAGAACCAGAACUUUCAGAGAGUUCUCUUGCUCAGAUUGUCAAACAAAUUGUGAAUUUGACCAUGCGAAGACAAUAAGAUAUGUUUAAAAGUCCCAUUACCACAUUUAAUUAUGUAAGAAGACAAGCCUGUUAUUAUGGUAGCAGCUUUGUGAUGGUGAAUCUAUGCACAGCUUUGUUUUGAGCUAACAACCUGCAGAUAUUUAACUGGUAUAUUGUUUACCAAGUUCCACAUCUGAGCUUGGUGUGUUGUCAUGCUAACAUUUGCUAAUUAACACCAAAACGUAAGUAUAGUUGAGGCCAAGGAAUGUUAUCAGACUUGAAGGUAUAUAUAGUUAAGAUUAAGAUUAAGAUGCAUUUAUUUAUCCCAAACACAUGCACAGGCACUCUCAUGCAGGUAGGGAAAUUUAAUCUCUGCUUUUGACCCAUCUGGUGCAGGACACACAGAGCAGUGAGCAGCCAUGUACGGCGCCCGGGGAGCAGAUGUUGGGGGAGUAAGGUGCCUUGCUCAGGGGCACUAGACAGGGUAGGGAGAAUCCUCUUGGAUUUUUGGACAGAUCAAUCCAGGUUCGUCUUUUUGUUGUUUCUCUGUUGAGUCGAACAAGAGACGAACCAGAGACCUUCUCUGCCCAUAGUCCAAGUUUCUGCAAAGGGUCCAAAGCAGAGGGAAAGUAUAUAUAUGUAUGCAUCGGAAUCAGGUCAGGAUGGGACACACAAAAAGGUUCUCUGUUGAGUUCAGGUCAUGUUUGGCUAGUUUUCCUAUUAGCUUGGACGUUUUUUGGACAGAAAAAUUAGACUUGAGCUGUUCUUCAUUGUGAUGGUGUAUAUGUCACUAAGGUCGAUCGUCUAGACUCUGUGAAUUUCAAAACUGUUUUACCAAUCAGUGUAUAAUCGUUGAGAAUUUCUAGAGGAAAUGUGGAAAAACAUGCAGCUGCUGGAAGCAACAGAGAAAAAUCAGACAAAAAUCCUAGGAUUCAUCAUCUUGGGACGGUAGACAUGCAUCUAUGUUGUUGAACAAUUUAAUGGUACACCAGCCUGGUGGACAGAUGGAAUGAGAUAAUAUAUUCAAACUUCUUUUUAUAUAUAGAAUUAUUAAAUAUCCAUCAAAAAAAUUCAGUCAGUGGUGGAAAUCUGAUCUGAAUCACGAAUGAGUCAGGUCGGUUUAGUGGCGCAGCAAGUGCUGCUAUAUACGGCAUGGUAGAUUACACAUGUAACCCUGGGAAUAACUGCAAGUUUUGAGCCCUCGCGCAGGGUUACUCAUCUUGUAAACAAUCCCAAAUUAAACUACUCAACCAUUUUUCCAUUAACUUCACUAGAUAUUACUGUAGGAGGCACAGCGACCGAGAAAUUGCGUCGGCUCUCCACUGAUGCACACGUCCUAUUUAGGGACUAUUCUGACCUUUUCUCUAAACCCGAAGAGCGGUGUGUGUGUGUGUGUGUGUGUGUGUGUGUGUGUGUGUGUGUGUGUGUGUGUGUGUGUGUGUGUGUGUGUGUGUGUGUGUGUGUGUGUGUGCGAGCCCCGAUUUAAGGCUUCCUGUUUGGACUGUGAUGUCAGGGAACAGGACAGGGCAUGUGGAAACACUGAUGAUAGAACUCUGCUGACCCCAGUCAACUUCAAGUACCCCCCCCCCCCCCCCGCCCCUCCACUUGACUGUGCGAGAAACUAAACCACUGAUUGUGACAUAGACACCAGUGAGGACUGACCAGUUUCGAUCAGGUCAUCGCUGUUUGCCUGUGAAAGAACGUACCUUUGUCAUGAACAUAAAGAUAUCAUGGUUGUGUCUCGGUGUGCACUGAGUGAGCACUGAGUGGGCUGUUGGUUCGGUGUCUCGGAAAGAUGUAGUAAGCCAGGAGAGGCUGAGUGUGUUCCUGGAGAAUGUUCGACAGGAAAUGCCAAAAGCACAUCUGGAACUCCUACAUCCAGGAAGUCUAUGCGUGACAGCAGAGGCCUUCGGGGCGCUGCUCGGCUCUGCCUGCUUAGCAAACCACGGUUCUGUGUUAGAACGACCACUGGGUGGGAAUGUGCCCCGCGUCUCGGGAACAUGACAUGAUUGUUAGGUGUGAAAUAAAGUUUGGUUGCACAAUA